AUGGCUGCCAUGACUAUAGACCCGGCGGAGCAGCCUCGCAUGUACCAGCAGACCCUUCUUCAGGAUGGACUGUGUGACCUCUUGGAGAAUGACAAGUUUGUCGACUGUGUCCUCAAAAUCCAGGACAAGGAGUUCCCUUGCCACCGCUUGGUUCUGGCAGCCAGUAGUCCCUUCUUCAAGGCCAUGUUCCUGUCUGACCUGGAGGAGAGCAAGAAGCGUGAGAUAGUCCUCAAAGAUGUGGAGCCUGGUGUUAUGGGAAUGAUCCUGCGGUACUUGUACACCUCUGACAUUAAUUUAACAGAGCAGAACGUCCAGGAUAUCUUCAUGGUAGCUAACAUGUACCAGAUCCCCUCCAUCUUCUCUGUUUGUGUGUCCUACCUCCAAGAAAAGCUGGUGCUGGGAAACUGCUUGGCUAUCUUCAGGCUUGGGCUGCUCCUGGAUUGUCCCAGGCUCACUCUGGCUGCUCAGGAGUUCAUCUGUGAACGUUUCCAGGUUGUUGUCAGGGACCAGGACUUCUUGCAGCUGGCCCCGAGUGAGCUGGGCAUCAUCAUUACUUCAGAUGCCCUCAACGUUGAGAGGGAGGAGCUGGUGUUUGAAGCCGUGAUGGACUGGGUCAGACAUGAUGAGAAAGACCGUGUUAAGGACUUGCCAGACCUGUUGCACUGCAUCCGUUUCAGGCUGAUGCCUUUGGAUUAUUUGAAAGAAAAAGUGGAGCGUAAUCAGUACAUUAGGUUAAACCAGGAGAUCAAGAAGGAUCUGGAUAUGGUCAAGGAUGCUCACAAAGGUCGUCUCCCAAAGCCCAGAAAGCUCAGCAGUGAAGGGGCAAAGGGGGGAGAAGGUGAUGAGGAGGUGGAGGAGGAGGAGGGAUACCUGCCGGGUAUACUCAACAACAACCCUCGCUUUGGGAUGUUUGAGAUGGAACUGUUACUUAUGAUCAGUGACACAGGGACUGUGGCAUAUGACCCGGUAGGAAAUGAAUGCUUUGUGGUCUCAGAAUCCACAGAAAUUCCCAAGAACCAUUGCAGUCUGGUGACCAAGCAAAACCAGGUGUUUGUUGUCGGGGGGCUUCUCUACAACGAGGAGAAUAAAGACGAACCAUUCAGCUCUUACUUCCUACAGUUUGACCCAGUAAGUUCAGAAUGGUUAGGAAUGCCCUCACAACCCAACCCUCGUUGCCUGUUUGGGCUGACUGAAGCUGAGAACUCCAUCUUUGUUGUUGGAGGCAAGCAACUGAAGGAGGGAGAGCACGCACUGGACUCAGUCAUGAUCUAUGACAGACAGUCAUUUAAAUGGGGAGAGUCGGACCCUCUGCCUUAUGAAGUGUAUGGCCAUGGAGCUGUGUCACACAAAGGUCUUGUCUAUGUUAUUGGAGGGAAGUCUGAGAGCAAGAAAUGCAUGAAGAGAGUCUGUGUCUACAACCCCACCAAGUUUGAGUGGAAGGACUUGGCUCCUUUGAAGAAGGCCCGCUCACUGUUUGGAAUCACUGUCCACAAAGAUCAGAUCUUUGUGAUUACGGGGGUCACAGAUGAAGGCCUCACCAGCUCUUCGGAGGUCUACGACAUUGCCAGCAACAAGUGGUCCGAGUUCACAGAGUUCCCUCAGGAGCGCAGUUCCCUUAAUCUGUUGUCGAUGGGAGGUUUCCUAUAUGCUGUGGGGGGCUUUGCCAUGAUGCCCAGUGAGACCAGUGAGGAGAAAGUCCCAACAGAGAUGACUGACAUCUGGAGAUAUGAUGAGUCCGAGAAGUGCUGGAAUGGGAUUCUACGAGAGAUCAGCUACGCGGAGGGAGCCACCGUUCUCCCAGUGUGUCUCAACACUCUGCGUCUCACCAAGUUAUAACUGAACUCAACUGUGGCUUUGACAAGCUUAAUGAUGUAUCAUUAUUAUAUAAGAGUACUCAUUAUGGACAUUAGCCUGAAAUUAGCUUUAUAAUGUUUUAUGGUAACAACUGAACUUGGUAAUUAAAUCAGCAUCAAGUUGUUUUAUCUCAUAUUUUACAGCAGGGGGAGACAUACAUGUUUAGUUGGAAGUAGGAAUAGCAAUCAAGGACAUGAGUUCAAUUGUGAAAUUUCUUUUAUAAAAACCAAAAUGUUGAUUUGUAUAUCUGUUUGUUGUUGUUAUAUUAUUUCAUACAUGUUCAUUAUCCAACAUCUGUUUUAUUUCAAGCAGAAAUAAAGAUAAUGGC